AUGGCAACUGAGGUCCACAAUCUCCAAGAACUGCGGAGGAGCGCUUCUUUGGCUACCAAGGUUUUUAUACAGCGAGACUACAGUGAUGGGACCAUCUGUCAAUUCCAGACCAAAUUCCCUCCUGAACUGGACAGUCGGAUUGAGCGGCAACUUUUUGAGGAAACAGUGAAGACACUGAACAACUUCUAUGCGGAGGCUGAGAAAAUUGGGGGCAGCUCUUAUCUGGAGGGAUGUCUGGCCUGUGCCACAGCCUACUUCAUCUUCCUUUGCAUGGAGACCCACUACGAGAAGGUUCUGAAGAAGAUCUCCAAGUAUAUCCAGGAGCAGAAUGAGAAAAUCUAUGCUCCACGAGGGCUCCUGCUGACUGACCCAGUGGAGCGGGGCAUGAGAGUUAUUGAGAUUUCUAUCUAUGAAGAUCAUUGCAGCAGUUCCAGCUCAGGCAGCACCAGCAGUUCCAGCACCAGUGCUGGGGGAGGUGGGGGAGCAGGGGGGCGGUGACUGGCACAAAGUCCCGGUAGGGAUUUGUACUGCCGGGACGAUGGAGUCUCUGAGAUUCGCAGGCUGCGCUAUCAGAGCACCCGUUUCUGAGCUCCUCCAGGGAUGCCAGCAAGGAGCAUCAUGACACCCCUGAGAGUUACAGUGGCCACAGUGAAAUCCUGGAUCCC